UAGAGAAGCUUUCACAGUGUUGGUCUCAACAACAAAACCAUCACGAGACCAAAACACUUUGUGGCCUAAAAUCAAUUUUACCUGCUCAAACAGCCAAGAGGGAUUUUAUCUAGUUUCCUAAAUACACGAGAAAUCAACCUAACAGGCAAAAUAAAUAAUGUCCUGACAGUUUAACCACAGAAAUAACCCGACGUGAACCGGUCCACCAACAGAAGAAUACAACUGGCGCCAGACAUUUGGGCACAAACGGGUUUUUUCCUCUGCAGCCACACAAUAUUGUGAUUGUGAGAUGCCACUUAGAGGUGUGUGUCUGCGUGUGUGUCACUACAGACAAACACAAUAUGAGCUAUUCAUUGUACAGGCCUUCUAAGAAAGUGGUUUUGGCACAAGCAAAGAUUCUCCACUCUCCUCCCAAUCCCCGUGCGUAAAAGGAUCCCUGCUACUUUUUAUUCCGCUUGUAAAACGGUGCGUCAGGAACACACUUUAAAAAACAUGUGUAUAUAAAUAUAUAUAUAUAUAUGUGGAACAUCCAUCUGGCUGCAGUCGAUUGGCCUUACUAUCACAUUUCUGGAGACAAAAGAAUGAUUUGAUUUAUUUCCCAUACCGGGUAAAUACAGUCUAACCAUGUGGUGCGCAGUGUAACCAAUGGGCAGCCGAGGAGAAGGUAAGGGCAGAAAAAAAAUUACUACCAUUUUAGGGGAGGAUGUAAGCCACUAUACCAGCCCAUCUAACGUUUUACAGUCGCACUUAAGUGUCUUUUUAUUGAAAUAAUAAAAUAAACAUGUCGCUAACGAAUUAUUAUUCCAUGAUGGGGCUCCAGAGCGAGGAGCCGUACGGGGCACAUUUCAUCCCGGGGAGCUUGCAGGGUUCGACGGCCGGCUGCGCCAAGUCAGCCCGGGGAGCGGAGGAGGAGGAGGGGACCCCCGGCUCACACAUUCCGGAUUUUUCCCAUUUUUCCGGCAAACCAACGAGUUUAAAUGGCUUCUCCCCCUGGACGAACACCUCCACGUCCUCCUCGUCCCCGUCGCCGCAGCUGCAGUCCGCGCCCGGCGCCUCCAUCCCGGGGCUGUUCCACCCGCAUCACCUCCUGAGCCACCACCACCACCACGCGUACUACGGCCCCCAGACGCAGAGCCACGCCGAGCAGCUCGCGUCCUCGGCGGCGUCGGAGAGCAGGUUCGUUCGCUGCUGGGAGGGCGCGACUCCCAGCAGCUCGGACGCGGCGCUGUCCCUGUCUCCGGCCGCGUUCCCCGGGUGCCUGCCCGCCCCGGGUGACCUCUCCGCCCCGAGCUCCAGGUACGAGGCGGUCAAGCCCGAGAACUCGCCGCCGCCGCCGCCGGCGCACGACAGCCCCGGGGACUCCAGCUUCGCCAGCACGGCCGAGGUGGUCCUGGAGCGGCUCGGCACCGUGGAGGAGCUGGGGAGGAAAGCCGAGCCCAAGAAGGAGCAGGAGGAGAGGAAGAGCCAGCCGCUGCUUGACCCGGAAAACCCCUCAGCCAACUGGAUCCACGCCAAGUCGACCCGGAAGAAGCGGUGUCCCUACACCAAGCACCAGACCCUGGAGCUGGAGAAGGAGUUCCUCUACAACAUGUACCUGACCAGGGACCGGCGCCUGGAGGUGGCGGGACUCUUAAAUCUAACAGAGCGACAGGUCAAGAUCUGGUUCCAGAACAGGCGGAUGAAGAUGAAGAAGCUGAUGAUCCGGGAGAGGAGGAGCAUCAAUGAAUGAUGGAUUGCGAGGGGAAGGCCCGGGGUCGUUUCUUCUUCUUCUUCUUCUUCUUCUUCUUCUUCUUCUUCUUCUUCUUCUUCUUCUUCUUCUUCUUUUCUCUCCAGGACAGACGAGGAGGUGUUGAGGUUGUAGCUGAUAAAAGACAACGCUCUGCUCCAAGUUGCCCUUUAAACUGGCACGAGGAGCCGCUACACAGGAUUAUUGUGGGGCUGCCCUGGAGGACUGCUGUGGAAACUCUGUCGGGAAAGACCGAGAUGUGUUGUAACACUUAAAAAAAAAAAAAAAGAUCUGUUGACCUUUUCAUGUUGUAGAAUUCUUCCAAACGCAUGUUACAAAAACGAAGGCACUCAAUCAACCGGGGACUGUUGUAAAUAACGCCGCAGAAUAAAAUGCUCACAUUUACACAGAGAUCCAUAAAUUGAAAGAAAAAAACACACUCGUUUGAUAUCAAAGACUUUUCCCCCGUUUCUAGAACACAUCUGUUUGCGAUAAGGUUGUAUAUCUCACAUGUCCUAACUGGAAAUACUUGACACACACACUUGAGUUCACAUAAAUUGUCUGUACUGUCGGCCAAAAUAAGAAUCGCGUUUUAUGAUUUAAUGCUAAAACUAUCGUCCUCAUAAAAGCUGCUUUUAGUGUGCCAGACAAGACAGGGCUGCUAUCAAAGAUAAAUGAGUGGUCUUAUGACGGAGCACCUGCAUUUAUAUUGUCUUCAAAAGGUAGUGGCAGAGCAUUUAUAUGGAAUUCAAGCAAAACAGUGGGACAACAAACAGGAGCCGGACACUUUAUGACCAAUUAAUGGUCCAACAACAGACAAGAGGACGAGAAAAGUGACGGGUUUCAGUUGUAAACACGAAUAUAAACUAUUGGGCUGAUUUGUUUUGCUAUAGUUUGAAGGAUUUGCAUUGUUCAAUGUUUCAGGAGCAGAAGACACAAAGCACAUUUCAGUGUAGCCGGACAUAUCGUCUCAUGUUCUUCAGUCUCAUUGCUUCCAAUGCCAUUCAAAACGUUUUCCCAUGUUAAAUAUCUGAGAAGAGCAAAUACCUUUCGUUCAAAUCCAUCACAUGUGAAACGCAGCCUCGCAUGUGAUUAACCACAUGUGCCUGAAUGUGACUUUUUCCCAUUUGUAAUGGUUUUCCACAUGUGACGAACACGUUUCAGAUGUGAUGAAUCGACCGAGAGGGAAAGAAACCAAAGUUGUUACAGGAGAAGUGUCCAAAAAAAUGGAAAAUAUGAAGACAUGCAACAAUUCAGUUAUUGAUCAUGGACAUUUUCUUUGUGCAAACUAUUAUUUAUAGACACAACAUGUUGAGAUGUUGCAGCGGCGCCAUAUUGGCUCCAUUAGCCAAUACCCCAUAUAAGUGAUCUGUUUCCCUUCUAUUUUGUCAUUUCCUGCUCCCGGCUGAAACAACGUUCAUUAUCAUAUCUGCACAACAUGAGGUUAUAGUUGCAACCUGCAGAAAUAUGUCCGUCCACAACUCUCACGCUCUUUGCAUUUAUAACCUUCAUGUGGAAGCAUCAACCAAACAUCUAUUCUGGAUCUAAAAAGUCAAAUUAAACAUUGAGAUAAACAAAGAUGUCCGAUAUGCUUCUGAUCCAAAAGACGUGUUACAACCAACCCGGGUCUCCCCCCGAAAAAUGGACUUUUGACGUUUAGUGCGUGAAAACAGAAUAAACUUCCGUCCUUGUUGCUGUUUUUAUAAACUGUGCAUGUAUUCAGCCUUACGGGCGUAUAUGUUGUUGUUGUUGUUGUUGUCGUUGUUGUCAGUGUUGCUAUAUGUGUACGUGGUUUUACCGUGGGUCUAAUAUGCAGAUAUGGUUAUCAUAUUCCUCUCUCUCUCUCUCCACACACACACAGGAGCACGCAAACACACACACAGACACACAGACACACACCAGUCAUGGCUAAGCUAUGUUGUGACAGCAGUGUGAUGGUUAUUUCACCUCCUGUAAGAAUAAACAGCUCCAAUCCCUGUUUGACAAAGAACCGUACCAACAGCAACCGACGCACAAACCAUCCUCAUCAUCACAACGUAUCACAACAUCACUCGAAAGCAUCGCAGGGACAUUACAGGGACCUUGAAGGUAUUUUAGUGCUUCUUCUUCACAUGGAUGAGAUGGACUCACAAACACCACAUUGUCUCUGGGGGGGGGGGAGGAAACACAACAGGCUAUGUUAGCCGGCCUGUGCAGUCGGGAUGUGAUGAAACGAGGCCUUCAUCUGCUCAUGUGGGCUCAAGACGUAUCGUGGGGACUUUUUUUUAAUGAAAUAAAAGAUGGAGGACAUCAUCAUUGAUAAUCACA